AUGCCUCGAGGUCUGAAGAGUAAGUUAAAUGCCCGUGAGAGACGCCACCGGGCCCGAAAUAAUGCUCAGGUUUCUGAAGGUACUAAGGAAACAGUACAGGCACCAGAAGAGUCCUCUCCUGAAUCAUGUGGUACCACUGAGAUGCCAGAAAAAGAAUCAGUUUCCAGAGCAACUAUAGAUACCUUUUCAUCCAGUUUCUCAGAUGAAAGUUAUAUUGAUGAUUUUGAUCAGGAAAACCUUUUUAGGUAUUACCAGUUUAUUCCUCACCAAAAUAUUGUAGCCAGAAAGGUCCCUCUGCUGUUGCAGAUCCUCCUUGACAACUACAGAAAAAAGCAACUUACUACAAUGGAAGAUAUGUUGCAGGUUAUUGAUGACAAAGAAAUGGAUGACUUCCCUGAGAUCCUCCGGAAAGUAGCUGAGAGACUCUCGGAUGUCUUUGCAGUUGAACUGAGGGAAGUUGAAUCAAGCCGGAGGGUAUAUGAUCUUAUCAGUAAGCUGAAACUACCCAACAAUGGGAGGGUUCGUGCUGGCAAGGGCUUCCCCAAGACUGGUUUCCUGUUGACCAUCCUGGCAAUGAUCUUCAUGAAUGGAAACUGUGCCAGGGAAGAAGACAUCUGGAGAACACUAAGAUCUAUGGGCGUAUAUCCUGGGAAGAAGCACCAAAUCUAUGGAGAACCCCGGAAGCUCAUCACUCAAGAUCUGGUGAAGCUGAAGUACCUGGAGUACCGGCAGGUGGCUAACAGUGAUCCUCCAAAAUAUGAGUUCCUGUGGGGUCCCCAAGCCCAUGCUGAAACAAGCAAGAUGACUGCCCUAAAGUUUGUGGCCAAGAUCAAUGAAAUCUCCCCUAAAUACUUUGCAGAUCUUUAUGAAGAAGCUUUAAAGGAGGAGCAAGAGAAGAAUCAAAGCAACCGUAAAGUCAGCUCUGCUAUUCCUCUCAAAGCUAGGGCAUUUUCCUUUGUGAUAUGUUCACAAGUUUCUCCCUUCAUUGCCCAAGUUUAA